AUGGACUACUUUCACCGCUUUACCUCUGGUUCAAAAGCUCAAGCUCAAGCUUCAACCUCCCAAUCUCUCUCUAAUUCCACCAAUUCUGAACCUCAGCCAAAAAUGGAGAAUCAUCGACAACAAGAGGAGUCUGCUGCUUCUGCAGUAUCUUCUCCAUCUGAAUCCAAGAAACCAAGAAAGAAGAAGGUUCUGCUGAUGGGGAAAUCGGGUUCCGGAAAGAGUUCUAUGAGAAGCAUUAUCUUUUCGAAUUAUGUCGCAAAGGAUACAAGACGAUUGGGAGCUACAAUUGAUGUCGAUCUUAGCCAUGUCAAAUUUCUAGGAAAUUUAACACUCAAUCUAUGGGAUUGUGGAGGUCAGGAUGCGUUCAUGGAAAAUUACUUAUCUCAACAACGUCAACAUGUAUUCUCAAGUGUCGGCGUCCUCAUUUACGUUUUCGAUAUUGAAUCUCGGGAUUUCGACCGUGAUCUUUUAACAUAUCGCUCGAUCAUUACUGCACUCACUCAAUUCUCACCAACCGCAAGUAUCUACGUCCUGAUUCAUAAGAUGGAUCUUGUCCUUCCGAACCAACGUGAGGAUAUCUUCCAUGAGAGAAUCUCACUCGUCCGAUCUAAAUCAGAAUCAUUCAACAUCGUGCCAUUCGCAACAUCUAUCUGGGAUCAAUCACUUUACAAGGCAUGGGCAGAAAUCAUUCACGAUCUAGUUCCUAAUCUCGGAGAAAUCGAAAGACAUCUCUCUUCACUUGGUACCAUCAUUGAAGCUGAAGAAGUUCUCCUAUUUGAGCGCUCUUCUUUCCUUGUUGUCUCAAGCUGGACUUCCCCAGAGGGAGAAGCAAAUCCUACCACUGAUCGAUUCGAGCGUCUUUCGAAUAUCAUCAAGAACUUCAAACAAAGUACCUCUCGUUACACUGGUACACCCAAAUCCGCCGAACAGUUCAGUUUAUUUGAAUUGAAGAUGCCAAAUUUCAGUAUGUUUGUCGUUAAAUUUACAACCAAUACAUACCUUGCGGCCAUCCUUCCACCCGGAGAGGAACGCUUCAAUUGUGCUUUGGAGAAUGCGAAGAUUGCUGCGAGGGAUUUCGAAGAACUUGAUAGUCCGGCGAGAAAGAGUGCUGAUAGAGGCGCAACAGGUACUGAGGCUGGAAUUGUUUAG